UGAGCUUUGGGUCAGAAGUCUCCAACAAACAAGAUGCAGAUCAGGACGGAGAAGUUUGGAGCUCAGCUGUCCUCCAUUGAUCCGACUGUCGCCGCUCAAAGAGCUGCGCUCAUGAAGCGCACCACCUACCUGGCUAAGAUCGCCUUCGUCCUCCAAGAUGCUCCAUGCAGGAUGCUCCCUUUCACUCAGUUGAUGGACAAACUGGAGCCGCUACUUUGUGAAGAGAGAAAAUUUGUCGAGAACAACAUCAGAGUCUGUUUGUCAGCAAACGGGUGUUUUGUCAAGGUUCCAAUGGUCCCAGAUUCACCGAAAAGUAAAAGGAACUACUGGAAGCUGGACUGUAGUCAGAUCACUACAAAGAUGGUGCGUCGGCACUUUAAAGGAAUCCUGCAGCUCUUCCCUGAGUUGGCAUCCAAAGUGGAAACAGAGAACCUGAGCAGAGCAUCAGAGGAAAACUCAGCCGUCCGAUCUCCUGAACCUGCAGUCUGCAGAGAUGUUCAGAUCAGAUGUGAGGUGAAAUUCAGCAGUCCUUUCUCCAUUGAAUCCCUCCUGAAGAGAGACGGCCCCUCUGCUCAGGCCUCCAGAGCUUCUCCUCUGUCCAGUGUCCAGGUCAGAGUGGAGCAGCAGCCUCUGUCCACACACAGACGAGCUGGGACAAAGAGAAGCAUCAGCUGGGACUCUGAGGAACUUCUCCUUCAAACUUCAGCUGCAAGUUUCCCCAUCUGCUCAGCCGGAGGCAGCACACACCACGGACCCACUGCUAGUGAGGAUGCUAAACCCUUCAAGAAGAGGCCCGUGUUCUCUGAACCCUCAUUUCCCAUCUAUCCAUCUAGAGACAGUCCUGCUCCUUGUUUCACCAGCACAAGCAACAGUUACAUCACUUACUCUGUACCGGCAUUUACCCAUGGUUCUCUGCGUUACUGGCUGUAA